AUGAAUUUACUUUCUGCGAUUAUUCUUGUGCUGCUUAUUCCAUCUUCACUUGCACAAUUAUCACAAACUGAAACCAGAACUCUUUUCCAACUUCAGAAGCUUCUAGAAUUUCCACAAGUUCUUCAAGGAUGGAACAACUGGACAAACUUCUGCUUCCUCCCUCCUUCACCAUCACUCAAAAUAGUCUGCUCCAACGGCCGCGUAACCGAAUUAACCGUCAUCGGAAACCGAACUUCUCCAUCUUCACACAGCUCUGAACCUUUUCAAGCACUUUCAGGAACUUUCUCAACCGAUUCAUUUUUCACUGUUUUAACAAAACUUUCAAAUUUGAAGAUUCUGUCAUUAGUUUCAUUAGGUUUAUGGGGUCCAAUACCAGAAAAAAUCAACAGGUUUUCAUCUCUUGAAAUUCUCAACAUUAGUUCGAAUUUCAUUUCCGGUGAAAUUCCUGAUUCAAUCUCUUCCAUGAAAAAAUUGAAAAGUGUUGUUUUAGCUGAUAACCUUUUGAAUGGAAAUGUUCCAGAUCUCACAAGUUUAUCUUCUCUUGAAGAAGUUAAUCUUGAUGGAAAUAAAUUCGGUCCGGAAUUUCCUUCAAUCGGAAACAAUAUUGUGAAAAUCAUCUUGAGAAAAAACUUCAUAACAUCUCAAACUCCUCCUUAUCUUUCAAAUUUAGAGAAACUUCAAAUUUUGGAUCUUUCUUCGAAUAAUUUGAUUGGAAGAAUUCCCAUUUCUAUAUUCUCUCUACCUUCCCUUCAUUACCUGAAUUUAUCUUCAAACAAGUUUAGCGGAAACCUCUCCACGAAUUCACUUUGUACUUCAUCUUCGUCGUUGGAUUAUGUUGAUAUUUCUCAUAAUUUUCUAGUAGGAAAAUUACCGUCAUGCAUGGUGAAAUCGAAGGCGAAAGUGUUGUAUUCGUGGAAUUGUUUGUCGAAAAAAAGUUUGAAUGAUGAACAACAUUCAUUAUCUUAUUGUAAAAAAGAUGCGGCUUUGGCUGUUAGGCCUCCUGAGAGAAAGGUGGAGAAGGGAUCAAAAAGAUUGAAUCAGAAUGUGGAUAGAUCUGUUGCUCUUAAGUUUUCAGAAAAAUCAAUAAUGAAUGCAAGACAUGUUCCUCAAACAAUGAGGCUAGGCACACAUGGACAACCACCAUACAAUAUUUUCACAGAAGAAGAAAUUGAAGAUGCAACAAACAACUUUGGCGAAUCAAAUCUAAUAGGAGAAGGAUCACAAGGACAGAUAUAUAAAGGUUGGUUGAGAAAUGGAUCAGUGGUCCUGAUUAAUUGUAUAAAGAUAAAGCAGAAGGGUUUACCACAUAGCAUUAUGCAGCAAUUAGAUGUAUUGCAAAAUUUGAGGCAUAGACAUAUGGUGAGUGUUCUAGGACAUUGUAUCAUUACUCAUCAGGACCCUCCUCAAGUAACAAGCACUGUCUUCAUUGUACUUGAAUAUAUCUCAAAUGUGUCUUUGAGAGAUCAACUUACAGAUGGAAAAAAGAAGGAUAUGCUGAAAUGGCCACAAAGAAUGGCAAUAAGCAUAGGAGUUGCAAGAGGAGUUCAGUUCUUACAUACAGGUGUUGCUCCUGGAGUAUUUGGCAACAAUUUAAAGAUUGAGAAUAUUUUGUUGGAUGAUAGUCUCAAUGCAAAAGUCAGUGGAUACAGAAUUCCAUUGCCAUCCAAGAGCACAGUUAAUGAACAAAGUGAUGCAGAAAAAGAAGAUAUUUAUCAGCUAGGUGUUAUUCUACUUGAAGUCAUUACUGGUAGACAAAUUGCAUCCUCUAGUGAAGUAGAGCAGCUCAAGGAUGAGCUUGAAAGAAGUUCAUCAGAACCACCAUCAUCAAUACUAAGAAGUACAAUUGAUCCUUCACUGAGGGGGAGUUAUGCCUAUGAAUCAAUGAAUACUGCAGUUCAGAUUACCAUCAAUUGUCUCUCUAAGGUUUCUAGUAAGCGUCCUUCAAUAGAGGAUGUUCUAUGGAAUUUACAGUAUUCAAUGCAAGUUCAAGAGUCAUGGACUAGCAGUGGGAAUCUCAGCACAAAAUUUUAA